CUUCUUCACACCCUCAUCUCAGUUCUUCGAAAAUGCCCGAGGCAAGCCCUUCAACCCCAUCGGCACCCUCUCACGAAUCCAGCUCUCCCAAUCGCGGUCGUGGCCGUGGUAGGGGCAAAUCACGUGGUGGAUUGGGAAAAUACCUACGUGCUCGUGGUAGGGGACGCGGCCUUGGUCGUCCUGCUGAGUUUCAAAAACGAUUGUUAUUGGAAGGGGAAGGAAUAGCUGAUGAAGAAGACGAUGAAGGGGAGAAAGCAGAGAGGUUAAGGAAAUUUUCGAGACGGCAACUUGGGACGAAUGUGGAUAGGUAUAAGGAGGAGGCGCCCGAGUUGGGUUCGGAUGGCGAGCUCGUCGUCGAACCUGAAGUGGAUCUGUCGACUUUUUUGGCUAAACAAAAGAUCAGCGAUGUGCCGGGCCCUUCUACGCGUGCAUACGAGGAAGAUGAUGACGAUGACGACGUUGAUCAUAGUCUGGAUCAUAUCACAUCUGGAUAUAGGUCCAAUAAAUUUGAGGUCUUUGAUUCACGGAAAGGAAAGCUGCAAGAGGUCAGUUGGGAUAACGAGUUGGAUGAGCUCAUGCGAGAAAAAGAGUCUGCUGAUGCUGCAAGAGAUCUCAAGUCGCGGUUUCGUGCUAAAUCAGACAAAUUGAUGGCGAAACCUCUAAUAUCGUCAACUCGAGACCGGAAACAAGGUGCAUUCGAUCGCUUUCGCCACUUCUGUCCAGGCGAACGCAAGCUGAACUGUCUUCUAGGGACAGUCGUUGAUGCCCCACCUUUACCGCUCCCAGAGAAUACCAAACCUAAAAGCCACGAGGAGGAAAUGGAAGAUUUUCUUGAUGAGCUAUUAGGCUGAUGGAUGCCUGGAUGUGUAAAGGGCAUAUUCAACCGUGCCCUUCGUUUGAAGACAUGGGGUUUUCCUCAGCAGAUGCGGAGCUAACAUAGUUCUUAUCUUAGGCGUCGAUAGAUCUUGUGCCAGGUGCAGCGAUGGAAGGUUUUAUGAUCGAUUAUCUGCAUGCGUCAAUCGUACAUAUCCUGUGGCAGGUUUUUUCCUCUAUUCUUUCAGCAAGCAGAUCCAUCAAUCUCAUUAUUGUACACUUCGUACAUUUUAUUGGAGCAACACGAAAACGCUUGGAUCCAUACCCACCGAUGACUAUCAACGGCGUCCUGGGUGGUUGCACUCAGGCGUUCCUUGCUCAAGAAAAUCUCAUACAGCCAAUAAUUGUGCCAUCAUGAGAAACGAUUACCUUCGCAAAGACCAUCCAGUCCCCAAUGGUCCCGCACUUUCUUACUCGAAGAUGGGCUUCGAUGUCGUGAAUGCCCGAUGCACGGAUAGACACAAUCUUCACAUGUUUUAGAAUUCUUGUCGGAGUUUUGUGUUAACACUUUGGGGGGAGUACAUAUGGGCAGAUACGGUGGAAAACGACGAAACCAGCAGGGACUGCGAAAACGACAGCUCAAGGAAAGCGAUUAAAGUGUUGGAGAGGAACUGUAAAACAUGUGAAAGAGGAGACAGGAAAUGUUUUAUGAUGUUAAGCUAAACCAUUCCUGAAGAUGCGUCGAACAAAUCGCCUCAAAAUCGAUCUAGGAGCCUGGAGGAGGCUGUCAUCGGGUAAAGUAUCAGUUCCAUGGAACGGUUGGUGGAAUCGAAUCCGCAUACUUUUGCAACUUGAUUUUCCUCUCGUCGAGCCUCCACACCGCGAUAGUAGUAAUGGUCGUCACAUAGUGGUUCGUCGUGUAGUGAUUGUGAGUGGUAGAUGGGUUCGCGUUGUCGAUGACGAUAUCUCGUUGAGCGUUUGAGAAGGAAGCACUCUGAAAAGUAAAGUUUCUCGCAUUUGGGAAGAAACUAGGCAUUCUAGGAGUACGAGGUAUCGGGAAGGCCAGAGAAAGGCGUCUAUAUAUCAGGAUUUUCCUAAUUAGGC